ACCCCGCCCCCGAGCCCGCUCCUGGCCUGCUGGCAGCGGGCGCCACAGGCGGACGAGCCGCGGCUGCGGAAGGAUGGCGCGCGCGCCCAGAGGCUUCGCGGCGGACCAGUUCCGGGAGGCCUGCGCCGAGCUCCAGCAGCCCGCGCUGGCCGGGGCCGACUGGCAGCUGCUGGUGGAGGCCUCGGGCAUCACCAUCUACCGACUGCUGGACCAGCCAACUGGACUUUAUGAGUACAAAGUCUUUGGUGUUCUGGAGGAUUGCUCACCAGCUCUACUUGCAGACGUCUACAUGGACUUGGACUACAGAAAACAGUGGGACCAGUAUGUUAAAGAACUCUAUGAAAAGGAAUGCAGUGGAGAGACCGUGGUAUACUGGGAAGUGAAGUACCCUUUUCCCAUGUCUAACAGGGAUUAUGUCUAUGUCCGGCAGCGGCAAGACCUGGAUGUAGAAGGACGGAAGAUUCAUGUGGUCCUGGCACAGAGCAUCUCUAUGCCUCAGUUUCCUGAGAAGUCGGGUGUGAUCCGAGUGAAGCAGUACAAACAGAGCCUGGCAAUUGAGAGUGAUGGCAAGAAGGGGAGCAAAGUUUUCAUGUAUUACUUCGAUAACCCGGGUGGCCAAAUUCCGUCCUGGCUCAUUAACUGGGCGGCCAAGAAUGGAGUCCCAAACUUUUUGAAAGACACAGCAAAAGCCUGUCAGAACUACCUCAAAAAAUCCUAAGAAAGAGAAUCAUCCGGACUCUUGCAUCAUGAAAUGAUGUUACUGGAAGUGCCACAAUCCCUUGAUGCUUAGCCUUCUUUUCAUAUUUCCAUUCUCAGAGGCCUGCAGGCCCUCUAGCAUGUAUCCCAAAGUGUGUUUGCCUGAAGCCUGGCUCAUCCACCUGCCUCUUCUCCCAUUUGUGCCUACCCCGCCAGCCAGGCUGCCUUCUUCUAUUGAAUAGUACGGGAUAGCGGCAGAUUAGGGAAACCUUUGCUUGCUUAUUUUCAAAUAGGGAAGUCCUCAAUAGGGAACAUAAGCAUUCCAUAGUGGGUGGAGGAAAGACAACAAAAUGUUAAGAGUGACCACUCCUGGCCAGCUGACAUCUUUCAAGAAUGUGCUGUCUUCAACCCAGGAGGGCUGCUGACAGUUUCCCUUGGUUCAGAGUCGACACUGGAGACUGCUGUCCACUCACCUUAUGCUUUGCGGAUUGAAUAGGCUGGGGUUUGAGGUGAGAAUCCAGUAAGUCUUACCCUGUGCCUCCUGUGGAGGGUCAGCUGCUAUGAGAGCGGACUGCUUGAGAAGCAUCGCAGGCCUACUGAGCACAUGACGUGAUACCAUUUUUCCCAUCAUCCACAUCAAGGUUUCCCUCUUUGCCAUUCGCCACUUGGGAAAUUUGUCUGUACCUCUGUAGCUCUGCGUUUUACUGAGGCAUUAAGAAGAUGUUUCACACACAGCACCAUGAUAGAGUGCCUGUCUGUGAGCAAAAGAAAGUCAUAGACAUAUCAUAGUGCUGUGCUGUGCACAGGCAUCUUUGUUCUUGAUGCUUCAGUUUCCCUUCCAGAACAUUUUGAAGAUGUUGAAGGGACAAUAAUAGUUUAUAGCCAGGUAAAAUUUUCCUCAGGAAUUCUACCUCUUCUGCCACCAAAAGGACUUAUACUGUUCUAUGUUUUCUCCUGAAUUUUGGUAGGGAAAGAUACUCUGUGUCCAAAGGCACAGCCUCGAUGAUCUCAGGGAAAAAUUUUAAUCACUAUGUGUAAUGGUACCAGACCUUGAUGAACAGAUGUAGCAAUUCAGGAUGUAAAGCCAAAGGGAGGCAAUUGUUAAAUUCCUCAGACUGUGUGAUUUCUUUCUGGGAAGAAAGGUGUGUUCCAUAAUUAAUAAACACAG